ACUCGGGGUGGUCCGCGUGUGCGUUCGAUCUCCGCCGAAUUGUAUCCCGCGUCGUCGCAACGGCGAUCUCUCUCGCUCUCUCUAAUCGCCGGGCGAUCGGGCGACCCGCGUGUCGGCGGCCAUAAGCGCGUUGAGAAGCCGCCCGCUCGCCUCUCUCGCGCGGACUCCCGCGGAAUUACUUCGGCGCCGCGCGGUGGCGAGUCGCUCUCCCGUCCCGCUUGAGAUUCGAAUUCCCCGCGCUCGGGCGCGCGCGCGAUCCCCCGCGAUCGCGAAACCCGCCGCGGAGUGUGCAAAGUGCAAACGGAGUGCGGCCGAGUGGCGAUCCAGCGAUGCGUCUUCCUGGGAUGACGAGGAUGCCGCCGCGGAAGGUGGAGGACCAGCCGAUCGUCGAUCAUAAGGCGCCGCGCCGUGGACGUCGCUAAGGAGCUCCACUCUCGCCACGACGUCCGGUCCGCCCAGUCCCGAUAUACACUAUGGAGGUGCGAGCGGAAAGACCGCGGACCGCCGGUCGAAUAGCACCAACAGGAAGAGUAACACCGACGGUGCAUCAAACCGGUGGAGGCCGAAGAAAAGCUAUACCGGUCCCACCACCCAGAGUGCCGACUCCUAUGCCUAUCGCGAAUAAUAAUCAACAAAGGAACAAUGCCAACGUCGUCGUCCCGCCCACCGUAUCGGUCGCGUCGAAGAAAGAGCCGCAAGAGAACAUCGCCCGGAUAGCGAAACGGUACCUCGACGAUAACAUGCAGCAGGCGUGGAUCAAUCCUCGUCUAAUAUCGAUGAUAAAUAUGGAAGCGGUGACCUCGACCGAUUACGACUCUACAAAUCUCAGCAGGAAUUUUAAUCAGGUCGGUUUCAAUACCUAUAAUUACUCGCAAUUUGAAGAGAAGUAUAAACCGCGGCACUUUUUCAAAUAUGGCGACGAGUAUCUCGAGUACGGACAUAAGCUCGGCGCUAACGAUAGAUUCGCGCGAAUGAAGCAUCAGGAUGGCUCGAGACUCGAUCAGCGAUACGCGCGUAGCCAUUCUCAGCCGGAGCGGCAGCAUCACUCGUCCCAGGAGACACGUUCCAAGUCUCAGGAUUCCCGCGAGCUCACGUUCUAUCAGAUAGACCCGCCCGUGAAAUCGGAAAAUCCACGGCAACACGACAAGUCGCACCAGAAGUCGCUGAAGAAGGAGCUGAUCUUCUACGAGAUCGACGGACUCGCGUCCGGUCAGGAGAGGAGGGAUAAGCCCGAGGCGUGCAAGGAUAAGGGCAUCAAGACCCACGACAAGUCCCACGCCGAUGGUCAGGAGAGGCCGCAAGCUGCGAGGCACGUCGGCAGGCAGAGUCAUCAGGAGCAGCAGAAGACGCUGGCGAACGCGCCGACGACCGACUGCCAUCAGCUGAACCGAUCGCAGUCGGAUCUCACGGAGUGUCAACUGCCGAAUUACUACGGGUACCGGAAUAAUCCGUACAUCGAUCCGCCCAAGUAUCGACAGUUCGACAGGCCGCCGCGCUACCAGGAGACCCCGUUGAAAUCGGAACCGCCGCCCAAGUAUCACGUCGAUCCGCCCAAGUACGCCGAGGUGCCCAGACGGCAGGACGACUUUAAGAGGAUCCAGGAGGAGAGAGGCAGACGACAAGGUGGCGGCGGCGGCGGCGGCGGCGGGGGCGGGGGUGGCGGCGUCAGCGGUGGUGGCGGUGGCGGUAAUUCCAGCGCAGGAAGGGGGAACACCGGCACUCAUGGCGCCGAGACGCCCUCUAAUCUGGCCAGUAUCACGCCGACCGCGCGAGAAGUAACACGCGCCGCGGUCGCACGACAACGGCCCUCCCACAAGGCGUGCGACGUGCGCGGCAACGGCAACAACAACAACAAUAACAACAACAGCAAGGAGAACCUGUUGCAGGAGACCGGCGUCGACUGCGAUUCCCGGUGUCACGUGGAGCCGCCGAAGGGUCAUCAUCAUCAUCAUCAUCACCAUCAUCAGCAGCAUCAUCAGAUCCGCGGAAUCGGUGGUGGCAACGUUACUAGUGGUAUCGUCGGUAAUGUCCUCCCAAACACUUGUAGCGGCUCGUACGGCGACGUAACAACGCCGUCCGACAAGUACAAGGGCACCGGGUCGGAGUCGAGUCGGGGCGGCAGCGGCGACGCGGUUCAAGGUCGCCCGAGCGAGAGAUCCAUGCUGAAGAUCGAGAAGCUCUCGGGGAAGGCCGCUCUGCACGGCGGCGGCGGCGGCGGUGGCGGCGGCAGCGGCGGGGGCGAAACGGCGGUCAGCAAGUGCGGCGCGGAGAGAAUGAAAUCGACCCCCGCGCAGGAGGUCGGCUACAGCAAGCACGAGCUCGGCAAGACCAAGAGCCACGACACCGGGCACGGUUACAAGGUCGAGAAUCUGCGCUACUACGGCGAGCUGAAGGGCUACUCCGACUUGAAGGCUUACGGUACCGUGGACAAGCAGCCGGUGUCCGCGCUGGUGUCCGCGCACGAGAAGUCGCAUCUCGUUCACGCGCCCACCUCGUGCGAGAAGGGCGACAAGUGUCACGGCAAGGCGCCGUCCUCGUCCGCGGCGCAGGCCUACAGCCUGGCCAAGAUCGGUCAGCAGCAGCAGCAGCAGCAGCAGGCGGAGAAGGGUCAUCACGGCGGCGACCACUACUACCACAGAUCGUCGCACUCGAAGCCGAACGUGUACCAGGUGUACCAGGAGACCAAGUACUCGUACAACGUGAGCGGGGUGCCUGGGACGCCGGCGCAGGCCAGCGCAGCCGCGGCCUUCUUCGCAAGGUCAGUGUUCGUUCAAUCUAAGCGAGUACGAUAGCACGUCACGAUA